GCGUACACGGCGGUGCAUUACUGUGGCCUUGACACUACCCAGCACGCCGCAGCCCCGCGACGUCCAACUGUCCUUUCCGCCGCCAAGUACCCAUAGAGAGCACGUCCAUCCAAAGCCUAACGUUUUUCCUUCUCUCCCCCUCCAUACAUCCGUUAUCGUUUCAAGGUUCAUCACAGGGAGAUAUAUUUAAUAGAGAAGGAAAAGCGAUGUCCAUCGCAAAUCCGCCUGCCUCUCUCACGGUGGACGAGCUGGAAGCAAAGCUGUACGCCCUGCACGACUACCUCAGCACCCCCUAUCGUUCCCGCGCCGAAUCCAUUCUUCAGCAGCGGCGACGACGAGAGCACGCGUUGGCGGACUCAGCAGCGUCAGCGCCGUUGCAAAUCACGGCAACAACCGCAGCGGCGAAGGAAAAGGAAUCAUCGACGCAGGCGUCUCACGCCGGCCUUUUAAUGUUUCCAGAAGAAGAUUUCCGUAAUACGCAUGACGCCACGGUCGAGCCGCAUCUGCAGACGUCUGUCGCACACACGGUGGACUCUCCCGAAAUUUCCUUCCUUCCUGAUGGCGGUUCCCAUGCGGAGCAGCAGCCUUCGCAUUGGAUUACGCCCGCACCGAUAACACCUUUCGGCGACCGACCGACGCGGAACGACGGUAGGCUACACGCGAAUGAAGCCGCAACAGCGACGGUGGCGCAGGACGGAAGCAAAGAUGCCCUCGCCAUGCAGCGGCGAGCCGAGCGACUGGAGUGGCAGGUGCAGAUGCUCGCCGACGCCUUGCGGCACGAGCGUGAUCGAUUCACGGAGCUGCAGGAGCAGGUGGUGCUGCCCUUGCAGGGAAUGGUGGAGGCAUCCCUGAGGCGCCAAGUAGAGCUCGAGUGGGAGCUGUCGCAACGACAAGGUCCGCCACAACAGCAGUAG